AUGGAAAAGUUUCGACGCAAAGUCGCGCGGAAGAAAGGAUGGCAGUUUGAGCGGCAGCUGAACUUCAACACGUGUCUGACCAACUCGGCUAAACCGGGCGAGAACCUGGUCAACGACGGCUGGACAGACAUGCCGCGUGGUCUGCCAUCCUGGGCUCGCCCAGCCAUGGGAUCGUGGACCUCUCGCCCGAGAGCCUGGAGGAGCAGGCAACCAGGUUCCACGUCUGCGCCAGGGCUGACCAGCCCGUCUGGGACCCCGGCAGGGCAGCCAACAGUGAUUGAAUACACAACACACAGGUUAAGACAGGAUGUGGACUUUGCUGUCCAACCUUCAGCUGCUGCUGGUCAAAUUCAAAUUAAAAAUAUGUUACUGGGGAUCACCACUGAAUCUCCAACUUAA